CCGCAUCAUACCACGACCGGUGCUCUCACGCUUUCGAUUCAGAAGAAACCAAAAUGGCGUCCUCAGCGCCGCGUUACACAUACCCAUUCGCCGCCUCACCAGACAUCAUCCGUUCCCAUCAGAAAGACGCCUACUUCAGCGGCGUGCUAUCCGAACAGGUCUCCUCCCUCCUCCGGAAAAUAUACGGCGCGCGGUUCACACAUACAUACAGCUCCGAGACCCACGUCCUGAGCGAACUCUUAUAUCUCGGCCUCACGACAUUGAUUGGCAACCGAACCUUGGGCGAAGAGUACUGCGACAUCGUGCAAGUCGAGGGCGAGACAGGUCGCUUGCCGGCGCUCGGAAGAAGAGCAGGAUAUAUAAUAAGCUGUAUACUCGGGCCUUACCUCCUCGGCCGGAUUCUCCCUGCAUUCCGCAGGAGGGUGCGCGCAAAACUAGAAGCGAAUCUGAAGCGGCACGCCCGCCUCCAAGCCAAGGCACAACUUCAGGCGCGCGAGACUGGGAAGAAGGCGUCAUUGUCGAGACCUCUCAGCGCGCGGAUCCAGAGCUACAUUCUUCGCAAUUUAGACACCAUCACCUCGCCGUCGCCUAUAUAUGCGCUGUCGUUGGCGACGUUCUAUUUCACGGGGUCGUACUACCAUCUCUCGAAGCGGAUAUGGAAUUUACGAUACAUCUUCACGCGGACCGUGCACGAAGGGGAUUCGAGGGUCGGGUAUGAAGUGUUGGGUGUGUUAUUGGCAUUGCAGAUGGCCGUGCAGGCGUAUCUGCAUCUGCAGAACACAAUGGCGCCUGAUGCGGCCAGUACCGGGGCGCUGGGAGCCGUCACAGGCGCGACAGCCGUUGUCGGCGGAGGCGUUGAGGUCUCUCUGGAUCCGAAUGCAUAUAGUGCGAACAACGCACUGCUUUUCGACUCUGCGAAUCCGACUUCGGCGCCGUCGGAGCUGCACAAGUGGACGCAUACCCCCGCGGCUGAUACCCCGCGAUACGAAUUGAGCGACGGAGUGACCAUGGCGUGGAUAGGGAGUGGGAAUAGGAAGUGUACGUUAUGCCUGGAGGAGAUGAAGGACCCGAGCGUGACGACGUGUGGCCAUGUGUUCUGCUGGACGUGUAUAUCCGACUGGGCCCGCGAGAAGCCCGAGUGUCCGUUGUGCAGGCAGAGCUGUCUGGUGCAGCAUGUGUUGCCGCUUCGCGGAUAAGGUCUAGUUGAUUAAGAUUUGUGUGGUAGCCAUUAAGGACACAACGACUCAUGAUUAUA